AUGGUCCCUCCGCCGAUACCAGUAGAUUGUAUUGAAGAAAUAGUAGAAUUUCUCGAAAGUAAUAUUUGUACAUUACACUCCUGCUUGUUGGUAAACCGCCUCUGGUGUCAAAUAGUAGUUCCCAUCUUAUGGCGUCAACCGUUUCGUUAUAAACGCAUUAAUCCUUCUGCGAAACUUUUACAAACUUAUUGGUCAUGCAUGACUGUGGAUUGCAUACUUUCCGAAGAUAUGCUUGUUUUACAAGAAUUCAAUAUUAAAUUACCUGAUUCCAAUCAACCUUCAAUGAUUUUUAAUUAUCCAUCAUUUAUAAAAAGAUUAAAUUAUCGUGAUUUAUAUGAUUUUGCCGGGAAAUGGUAUGGUGAUCCUAAUAAUUUACGACGUAAGAGGCCGUUUCGCCAGGAUCCAAUGAAGACAAUCGCAAAAUGUUUAUUCAAUCUUUUUAUUACCAGAGGCGCGAAAUUCGAAUACUUAUUUUGGGAUAAUGGAAACGAUCUUAUCGAGAAAAUGUCUGACAAUUGUGAUAAAAUUCCACCGCUUCCAGAAUUUUCCGCAAAUUUCGCUAAUAUUAAAGUGUUAGGUUGCUUUGCGAGAUACGAACAUUGUGAACAAACUUUUAUUAAUGCUGCUUCAUCAUGUCACGAAAUCGAAACCUUGGUUGUGCGUAUGUGUAUGAAUGAUGAAUGGAGUACAGAGAAAGCACAGCGUGAGCUUGACACUUUGUCCCAACUCAUUGAUGUUCAAAAACAUUUGAAAGAAUUUAUAUUUGUUGAAUAUCCUGGUCGUUUUUGGUGGAGCCCUUCUUCAAGGCUAAAAAAUGUUGAACUGUCCUCGUUAAGUAGUCAGGUAAAUUCGCUGACUGUUGUUGAAUUUUAUCAUGUUGAUUUUAGGUUCUGGCAUCCUUUGAAUUCAAUAGCGGAUUUGAUAAAUUUAGAAACUUUGGUGUUUAAUAACUGUCGACAUCAAGAAUACGUAAUGGAACCAUUUCGUUUUUGUUCUUUUAUGAAUCUUAAAAAAUUGGUAAUGAAGGGAUACGAAGGUAUCAGUUUCAUCCAAUCAGAUUUACUUGAUACACUCUUACAACAUGUGAGCAAAUCUUUAAUGUACCUUUCUAUAGUUAUGACGGCAGAAACUACAACUACUGUCAUAAAUGCUAUUGAAAAAUAUCACCUUGACUUAUUGGAAUUAACAAUUAAACUUGAUCAAUCACAUUUCUUUGCCCUACAAUCAUGUCCGUUUUAUAAUUGUCCGAGAUUGAAUAAAUUGGUUUUGAGUAGUUGGGGUUAUGUGGAAGUUGCUGCUGAUGCAAUUCUGCCACAACUGGGAAAAUCUUUACCUCCGAGUGUGGAACAUUUGGAAAUAUUAGCACCGUGGAUAUUUAAUAUUCGUGCUUUGGAAUCUUUUUUGGAUAAUUGUAAAGCUCCCUUAAAAUAUUUUGAUAUCCGAUAUUGCAGAGAAGUUUCGGAUCAGCACAUUAAUCUUAUAUGGAAAAGAUUAUAUCAUAAUUUAGAAAACUUAAUUAUUUCAGAGAAGGAUCCUCCGUCUUCGGAUAUUGAUGUUGAUGAACAAUUAAAUUCAAAUGGUCCUCAAGAUAAAAAUUACGAACUUGAUAGUGAAAACACUAAUUCUGGAUUUGCGAGUUCAGAUACCGAGAACGAGUCAAGAAAUUAUCAGACUGAUCAAGUUAGUAAUGAAGAUAUGCCUUUACAUGAAAUCGUUACAAGAACAAAGAUAAGCUUAACGGUCGAGGAAACUUACGAUAAUAGGAUUGACAUUUUAAGAUACAGAUGGGAGUGA